AUGAUCUCGUUAAUAGAUUACAAGGUAGUUGAACAUUUCAUAAAAUGGAAUGCCUCAGAGCCAGACAGCGAGUUAUAUAUAGAAAAUGUAGAAAAAGACGAAGAAAACGCAAGUAAAUAUACAUAUCAAAUGAUAGAGGAAAAUCCGCACUGUAAUAAGACAGUGUGCACUGAAUACGAAGCGUUUGAGGCAGCUGUUGUAGUCUUUCUGUGUGGUUUAAUAGUUAUUACUGUAAUAGGUAACACAUUGAUUAUAUUAGCAGUUUUAACAACUAAAAGGUUGAGGACAGUCACAAAUUGCUUUGUAACAAGCUUGGCGCUUGCCGAUCUUCUUGUUGGUAUCUUUGUGAUGCCACCAGCGAUAGCGGUUCAUAUAAGAGGCGAAUGGGAGCUUGGAUGGAUCCUAUGCGACAUAUGGAUAAGCCUAGACAUUCUCCUAUGUACUGCCUCCAUCCUAUCAUUAUGUGCAAUAAGCAUAGACCGGUACUUGGCUGUGACGAGGCCACUGACUUACUCACGGCGUCGGAGAUCGAAGAAACUUGCUCUAACAAUGAUUCUGUUCGUUUGGAUUGCUGCUGGUGCUAUAACAUGCCCUCCUAUGCUUGGAUGGUAUGAACCAGACCAUAACCAAGGCGGUGUCUGUAGAUAUAACCAAAACGCAGGUUACGUCGUAUUCUCAGCCAUGGGUUCCUUCUUUCUGCCCAUGAUCGUCAUGGUAUAUGUCUAUGCCAGAAUAUCAUGUGUCGUGGCAAGACGACAUCAGCAACUGGCCAGUACAGCCAGUAAAUGUACUAAGAAAGCCAAUUUAUCCUGUAUUCGCACUGAAUCCGAUUCUGGGUCAGAUAAACUUUCUCUACGACAAAGCGCAUCUAAACAAACUCCACAACAAAACGAUACCCAAGAACAAAAAUGCCCUUGCUGUUUCCGAACUGAAAAGAGACAGAAAAUGAAAAAGAGAAGGAGAAAGAAUCCAAAUUCACCGAGUUCAAGGCGAACUACAAUCCUUAUGUGUGUAUUAACAUGGUUGGGAUGGUUUAACUCCGCCAUUAAUCCAUUUAUUUACGCAUUCUAUUCACCGGAUUUUAGAUUAGCUUUUUGGAGGUUGACUAUAAGAAAAUGUAUGAGGAAUAAACGUUAA